UACUCAAAACCUAUCAAGAAAUUCUAAAAAAUGUAACUGUAUCGAAGAAUUAUCACAAACAAUUGCCAAAUUAAGACGAAUGGAUAUGGAAUCUGAACAAUGGGAAGUUGUAGCGAACAAGGAAUUCGAAUGGUCAAAGCUGUUUGUUACUUUCAUUUUGGAUACCAUAUCAUGUCAAGGAGAUAAAUGUUUAGCUCAUGCUGAUGAUAUGAUUUGGUAUGUGAACAAAGCUGGGUUUGCCGAUAGCUUCUAUUCUAGCGGUAAAAUUACGACACCCAAAAUUGAAGUUUUCCGGCGUCACAGUAAAAACCAACCAACAAUUGCGGAUAAAACUUACAGCUGGGAGGAGACUGUAUGUCUUAACUUGAUUCUUCAACAGUUGGAUUUUUUUGUAACAUGUGCUGUUUGUACAAAGACCAGUCCUUCCAACUUACAGAUAAUUAAAAAAAUAUGCAAACCUGUUUUCCCUUCUCCAAGCCGCCGUAGAAUGGAUAGCAAAGGUGACUGUGAAGAAAUAACAUAUCCCAAAUUGUACUUCGCU